AUGGCUCUGGGGGUUGCAAUGGUAGUCUGCCUCCUGGUCAAAGCCAUGGCGGCCGCACUGACGGAAGAAGCAGAGGUGCGCAUGACGCCUCCUACCACAGCGCCGCAGAGCAACCGGACAGUUAACGAAACAGAAGCUGACUACAUAGAAGAACCUGUAGCUUUGAAGUUCUCCCACCCUUGUCUGGAAGAACAUAACAGCUACAGCAUUAAUGGGAUGUGCGCCUUCCACCACGAGCUGGAGAGAGCCAUUGGCAGGUGCUUUACCGUAACGGGAGAAAGAUGUGAGCAUUUGACCUUAACGUCGUAUGCUGUGGAUUCUUAUGAAAAAUACAUUGCAAUCGGGAUUGGCGUUGGAUUACUAAUUAGUGCUUUCCUUGCUGUCUUAUAUUGCUACUAAGAAAAAAGAUGUUUAAAUCUGAAAUCACCGUACAUCGUCUGCUCUGGAGGGAGACCAUUGUGA